CCAGUGCUUAGCUCUGUCCCUCAUCCCAUCUCGGAGCCUUUUCCCAUUUACUUCCCCGAACCCUCCGCCUCCUGUCCAGCUGGUUCUUUGGUUUUAGUUGUCCCUGCUCUCUCUUGCCUGCUGGUCCACCAGCUGUCUGGCACUCUGCCCUCUCGGCUUCUAUCCGGAUACCUGUGCCUGUCUCCUCGCCCCUCCAGGUGCUCACCCAGUCACCAGGGCCCCCGCUGCGCGCGUGCGCCUUGGACUUUUGGGCAGCAAGAUCACACAGUUGGGAGAAACUUCAGCGGCUGGGUUUGCGGUGAGCAUCGCAUCUAAGCCUCGCGACCGAUACUCGCGUGAAGCUGGGCCAGGUGUCUACCGUUUUGCGCAAUGGGUUGCUCCAGCAGCGCCCUCAACAAGGCGGGCGACAGCAGCAGGUUCCGCAGCGGAGUACCUUCAAAUGAGAAUUCAUCCACUGGAGAACAAAGCAAGUUCUGCGUGGCCCAACCCAUGCCGUGCACGCCAGGGAGAGAAGCUGCCUUCUACGGCAGUGCGCAAAGGCCUGGCCAGGUCCUGUUAGAGCGGCCUAAGGCUUCAGUGGUUCCUACAGCCAAUGGUGUUAAAGCCUGCCACCAACCAUCCCCGGCAAAUGAUGAGGCCUCUGGAAAAGAUGCCGCAGCCAAUGGUGUUAAAGCCUGCCACCAACCAUCCCCGGCAAAUGAUGAGGCCCCUGGAAAGGAUGCCGCAGACCCGUCAGGACCCACAAAGAAGAUCGAGCCUCUAGUUCAAGGGGAAGAAUCUGAUCUACCUCAGCCAGGAGGCAACGAUGAUACGUUGGGGGCAGAGGAAAUGAAGAAGGAUGUAGAAGCAAGGACAGAGGCCCAGUCUUUAAAAGGAAACGCUGAGACUGAACCUCUAGGAACAGAAGCCGGGAGCCAGCCUCUGAACACACCAGGAGAGAGGGACUCCCCGGGAGCAGUGGAGGACACUGAGAUUCCACAAGCUGCCGGAGUGACGAAACUUCUAGAAACGGCGGAGAACGCUCUUCCUCUGGAAACGGCUAAGGAACUGCCACCUGAAGAAGCAAUGGGAAAGGAUGCGCAGCCCGAGACUGUAGAAGCAAUUCCCAAAGAGAACAGCUCUCCAGAAAGGUCGGAAGGGUAUCAGUUUGUGGAAAAAGCUGAACAAAAGGAACUUCAAGAGACCUCGAAGGACAAUCAAGAGACCUCGAAGGAUAAACAGUUCCAGGUUCUAGAAGCAAUUCCCAAAGAGAACAACUCUCCUGAAGUAGCAGAAGGGGGGCAGUCUGCAGAAAGCAGUGAGGAGCAGCAACCUCAGGAAGCAGGGCGCAAAGAUGAGCAGCCCCAACUUCUGGAAAGAAUCCUCAAAGAGAAUGAAACACCACAAGUGCCAGGCGGAAGCCAGCUUGUGCAAACUCCUGUAAUGAAUGAGUCACUCUGUGAAACUCCUGAUGGGACCAGAAACACCCAGGGAUCCCAAUCCGAAGCAAGCAUUGGAAGCAGGGAGAAGCUGGCAGGAGCUGCAGAGACAGCAGCAAAUGGGGACACGGCCAGAGAAAUUCAUACCAAUAAAGAGGAGCAACACAUUGAAGGCGAGACUGGAGAAAAGAUGGAAGCAGAGAUGAAGCACGAGAAAGGAAGUGAAGAAGCUGAAGUCAAAGAACAGGAAACAGGAGAAGCUGCGGACCUGGAGCCGGCAGGGGACAGUGACGGAAGGGCUACUGUACAUAGCUUGUUGUAGAAAACGGCAGGAAAAUUGAGGCUGUGGGGGCAGACGCCAUAUUUCCGUGACUGUAGACUGACUGUAGAAACCAGGAAAAUAAAUGCUGUUUUUGAUUGUGUUUUGCCAUAAGACUGCUAAGCUAGACAGAUUUUUUUUUUUUAGGUACUAGGAUAAUUAUGCAUUCAAAGUGACAAUAGUCAUUACCAAUAAAAACUGUAAGAUCGUU